AACAAGUCUAAACUUUUUCAUCCUUGGUUCUUAGUCCUUGGCUAUAAAUCACUGCUUCGAAGUAAUACAACUAUUUUAGCAGCCACCAAAUCAUAAGUACUACGUCGUUUGAAUUGUCUCACCUUCUUCCACAUUAACUGCCGGUCUUUAUUUAACUAGCUCAUCAGUGUUUAUACAUGCUCUCAGUGUGAAACAAUUGAUCGAGUACUCAAUUUUCAUGGCUUCACGAUUUCAAGCUGCUCCACUAGCGGCUUCACCUGUAUACCCUAACGCCAUAGCUUGGUCCGAAGAGAAUCUCAUCGCUGUUGCCUGCGGUCACCUUGUCAUCAUUCUGAAUCCAGCAUUGCCGCAGAAUCCAGCAUUGUCUUAUGGGUCACGAGGCUUAAUCACCGUUCCUACAUGCAAUCCUUAUCCAAUUGGGCUAGUUAAAAGCGAAGAUUUACUUGCUGAAUGCUUGCUUCCCACUGCACUAUGUCGGGAUCGGCGUCCAUAUGUUCGUUCCAUUUCAUGGUCUCCUUUAGGACUGGCGUCUAACGGUGGGUGUUUGCUUGCUGUUUGCACCACAGAAGGACGUGUCAAACUUUAUGGACAACCAUAUAGUGAAUUUUGUGCUGAGUGGGUAGAGGUUAUGGAUUUAUCAGAUAAGCUAUAUGAUUACCUAGUAAAGUCCAAUGUUUGGGAGCCAGAAAUGCCUGAUUCAGAGUGUUAUCAUGAGCAAACAACAGAGCUAGGGUGCACUAGUGAUCAUGCAAAUUUUGUUCCAAACUCUAUAAGUAAAAAGGAGCGUAAGCGAGGAAGAGAUCAGGUCCCAAAUGGCAUGGGCCUAUCAGUCGCUGCUAGCAACAGUGAGAAGCCCCAUGCUGGACGCAGCUCUUAUGCUAAAAUGAAAGGCGGAAAGCUGAAGGCUAUCGAUUGUGAAUCUGAUAAAAGGAAAAGGAAAUUUCCAGAAGCCUGCUCACUCCCACGGAUAACUGCUAAUCAAUAUGCUUCUCGCAGUGCAAUGUUAUCAUUGAUUGCUGUUGCUUGGUCACCACUAUUGUGUUUCUCAUCUAAAACCAGUUCGGCUUCUGAAAAUACACCACCCCACAAGUUCUCUAUAAUAGCAGUUGGAGGGAAGUCUGGUAGUAUCUCAUUGUGGAGAAUCGAUGCACCACAAAGCUACUCCGUUGAGCACAGUCAGAUGCCUGCUACCAUGAUGCUUGUUGGGUUUAUACAGGCACACGAUUCAUGGGUCACUGCAAUCAAUUUAGCAGUUCUUGGAUCCAAUAGCAAUCCUCAAGUUUUAUUGGCUAGUGGAAGUUCUGAUGGGAGUGUAAAGAUCUGGUCGAGCAACAGUGAGAAGCUGCUGGAUACAUCAGACUAUAACGACCCUCCAUUUUUUCUUCUGAAAGAGGUUAUCUCUAGUAAUAAUCCUCCAGUCUCAGUACUUUCACUACAAAUCCCUGUUCAAAUACUGGAAAGAGUGCUCUUAGCAGUUGGGAAAGGAUCCGGUUCUUUUGAAAUUUGGACAUGUGACAUAUCUAGUUGCAAAUUUUCUAAAGCUGGGUUAAGCGACAGACAUGAAUGUAUUGUUACAGGUCUAGCAUGGGCUUUUGAAGGAUGUUUGUAUAGCUGCGGUCAGGAUAAUUAUGUCCAUUGCUGGCUAUUGCGCGGGAAUUCUCUAUGUGAAGUACCUUUUCCUUCAAAUACCCCUGGUCUGACGAGCUCAACUGAUCUUCCAGAUACAUUUCUUUCAUGCCUAGGUUUAGCAGUAUCUCCUGGAAAUCUGGCUAUUGCUAUGGUUCGUAAUGUUGAUGGUGAUCUGUUGGAUCCUAUGUAUGAGGCAAGAACUUUUAAGGCUGUUGUUGAAUUCUUCUGGAUAGGUGGGCAGCAAUGGGAUCCGUUGUCCAAUACUUCCUUAGAAUUGGCUAAUGAAUCAUUUUUUGGGUUUUCUGAAAAGGAAUUGGCAUAUUGGGAAUCCAGUAUUUUAUGGUCUUUGAAAAAAAUUGAGAAUUCAAAGAAGCCCCAAGUUAUGUGGGAUAGCAUAGCAGCCUUAUUAGCUUUCAAGAAGCUUAUACCAGAGUAUGUGAACCAUAUACUGGCCAAGUGGCUCUCUAUAACAUACUUAGGUUCUCAUAUGAACCUUUCAGUUGAUGAGAUUUUGAUGCGGAUCUCUAUUAAUUUCCCCAAAGUUACUUCCCGCCUAUUGCAUCUCCUCAAUAUCAUUUGCCGGUGCUUAGUACUGUCCGAGUUGAACUCUGAUGAGAUUAACAGGGAACUGGACUUAAGAGAACCAACUAGAACAAUGGUUAAGGGACAAUCUUUAUGGAUGGAGCUGCUUUUCAGAAGUGAAAAAGAACUACGUCAGAGGCUUGUCAGUUUGAGUUUUUAUGCAAUUUUAGUCAAAACUGCUUCUCAGCCUGGAUAUUGGUAUCCUAUUGGAGUUGCACAAAUGGAGCAGUGGGUUGAACUUAAUUGUGAUCAUAUCAAGGAUCAAUUAAAAGUUCUCACAGAGGGCCUUUGGAAGCAAAGGAGGCUUUCAUCCGUUGACGUAGAGGAACAAUGUAGCUACUGCUCGGCCUCAGUUCCUUUUAAUUCUCCCGAGAUAGCAUCUUGCCGAGGUUUGGAGCAGAAUCACAAACUGGCAAGAUGUGCUGUUUCUAUGCAGGUUUGCCCCGUGAAGCCAUUAUGGUUUUGCAAGUGUUGUAGUAGACAGAUAUCGAAACUGGCUCCAGAAGCUCUUUUUACAAUGGCUAGAUAUCCUCAAGAUUUCAAAUCCUUAAUGGACUCUUCUUGUCUGUUAGAGAAAAUGUCAAAACCUUUGUGUCCCUUCUGUGGCAUACUUCUUCAAAGAUUACAGCCAGAUUUCUUACUUUCUGCAUCCCCAGUCUGAUGUUUUUUAGGCGCCUUCUGUUGCUAAUUUUACACCGUCGGAAUUAUAAUCCAACGGUGAAAUAGAUAAAACAGACAAAAAAACAAAGUAAUGAGCUGGUUCGCUGUAUUAUAUGAUUAGAGGCAGCUCAUGUGUUUUAUGAGGAUAUGUUUGAAAAUGCUAAUAUGAUUAGAGGCAGAAGCUAAUGUUAUUUUCAAGUAUGUUGUUGCUCAA